GUCUGUCACCACCUCACUUGGUGUCUGCUGUCCCUGCCAGGCAAGCCUAGGGUGAGAGCACAGAGGAGUGGGCUGGGACCAUGCGGGGGACACGGCUGGCGCUCCUGGCGCUGGUGCUGGCUGCCUGCGGAGAGCUGGUGCCGGCCCUGCGCUGCUACGUCUGUCCGGAGCCCACAGGAGUGUCCGACUGUGUCACCAUUGCCACCUGCACCACCAACGAAACCAUGUGCAAGACCACACUCUACUCCCGGGAGAUAGUGUACCCCUUCCAGGGGGACUCCACGGUGACCAAGUCCUGCGCCAGCAAGUGUGAGCCUUCAGAUGUGGAUGGCAUCGGCCAGACCCGGCCCGUGUCCUGCUGCAACACUGAGCUGUGCAAUGUAGACGGGGCGCCCUCUCUGAACAGCCUCCACUGCGGGGCCCUCACGCUCCUCCCGCUCCUGAGCCUCCAACUCUAGAGUCCCCGCCCUUCCCCAUGGCCUUGCCCCAGCUGGCCCUGUGUAGCCCAGCCCCGAACGCCUUGAAGAAGUGCCCCCUGCACCAGGACUCCUGAGUCUCCUUUCUGGGCACAGACCUGCCUU